AUGGUUGCUGGCGACGCAGCACCACACCCGAGUAUAGAAAUCAGUCUUAACACUAGUACUCCCAGUACCAUCACCAGUACAUACAGUAUCGAAAACAGUACCUCCAGUAUCAACACUAGUGACCCCAGUAUCAACACCGUUACCCACAGUACCAACACCGGCACCCCCAGUAACAACACCAGUACAAUCAGCAUCAUCACCAGUACCUCCAGGAUCAACACCAGCGUCCCCAGUAUCAACACCAGUACCUCCAGUCUCAACACCAGUACCCCCUGUAUUAAUAACAGUACGUCCAGUAUCAACACCAGUAACUCCAGUAUUAAUACUAGUAACACCAGUAUCAACACCAGUACCUCCAGUAUUAAUAACAGUACUUCCAGUAUCAACACCAGCACCUCCAGUGUCAACACCAGUGUCCCCAGAAUCAACACCAGUACCUCCAGUAAUAAUACUAGUACCUCCAGUAUCAACACCAGUACCUCCCGUAUCAACACCAGUCUCCCCAGUAUCAACACCAGUACUUCCAGUAACAACACCAGUACCGCCAGUAUCAACACCAAUACCUUCAGUAUCAACACCAGUACCUCCAAUAUCAACACCAGUACUUCCAGUAUCAACACAAGUACCUCUAGAAUCAACACCAAAACUUCUAGUAUCAACACCAAUACCUCCAGUUUCAACACCAAUAACUCCAGCAUUAACACCAGUACCUACAGUAUCAACACCAGUAAAUCCAGUAUCAACACAGUACCUCCAGUAAUAAUACUAGUACCUCCAGUAUCAACACCAGUGCCACCCGUAUCAACACCAGUGUCCCCAGUAUCAACACCAGUACCUCCAGUAUCAACACGAGUACCUCCAGUAUCAACACCAAUACCUCCAAUAUCAACACCAGUACCACCAAUAUCAACACCAGUACUUCCAGUAUCAACACCAGUACCUCCCGUAUCAACACCAGUACCUCCAGUAUUAACACCAGUACCUCCAGUAUCAACACCAGUACCUCCAAUAUCAACACCAAUACCUCCAGUAUCAACACCAGUACCUCCAGUAUCAACACCAGCACCUACAGUAUCAACACAAGUACCUCUAGAAUCAACACCAGUACCUCUAGUAUUAACAUCAGUACCUCCAGUAUCAAAACCAGUACCUCCAGUAUCAGCACCAGUACCUCCAGUAUCAACACGAGUGUCCCCAGUAUCAACACCAAUAACUCCAGUAUCAACACCAGUGUGCCCCCUAUGA